AUGUGGGUCGAAUUAGAAGAUCCUGUUGAGAACAUCGGAGCUAAGUUAGUAAGGCAAGCUGCUGCAAAGACAAAUGAUCUCGCUGGGGAUGGAACUACUACUUCCGUCGUUCUUGCUCAAGGUUUGAUUGCUGAGGGUGUUAAGGUUGUUGCAGCAGGUUCCAAUCCAAUUCAGAUUACGAGAGGGAUUGAGAAAACAACCAAAGCCCUAGUGGCUGAACUGAAGCUAAUGUCAAAAGAGGCUGCUGAGCAGGAGUAUGAGAAGGAGAAGCUAAAUGAGAGAAUUGCAAAGCUUUCAGGUAAUGUUCAUUCUGAGCACUGAUAUAUAUUUUUAAUGCUUUCAAGUGUCACUAACCACAUGGGCAUCAUAUUCUGGUUCUUGAACAUGGACAGAUUGUUGGGCUGGCAGCCCACAAAUUCAGUCCAUAGUGGGCUAGGGCAGU